CAGCCCAGAUGGAGUCUCAUUUCCCCCUCUCUUUGCAGCCCCCUGCGUCUGAAGGAGAAGCUGCAGGCCCUCCAGUGCCACUUCACCUGGAACUUUGAAAUCAGAGACAAGGUAGAUGCAGCUCACAUCCUCCAAACUCUAGCUCUCAGGACUGCCCACACUCACUACCAGAACCAGCCUACGCUCCUUGCUAUGCAGGCUUAUCUCUGCCACCUACAAGGACAAUAUGAAGACGCUCUGCAAAGCCUUAGAGAAGCCGAGGAGAUUCUGCAAAGAGAUCACCCAGAUAACUUCCCCCGGCAGGUCCUGGUCAUUUACGGAAACUAUGCCUGGAUCUAUUAUCACUUGGCCCACUAUGAUUUGGUUGAGCUUUACCUGGACAAGGUUAGAAAGAUCUGCAGCUCCCUGAAGAGCCGCUCUCCAUAUGCAGCUCAGAUCCCUGAGAUACAUGCACAGAAAGGCUGGUCUCUCCUGGCAGCAGGCUUCCGCAAUGGCAGAGAAGCCACAGAGUGUUUCCAAAUGGCAUUAAGAGAAGACAAAGCAAAUGGGGAAUUUCUCGCUGGGUUGGCAAUCGCAGCCUUCGCAUCAUGGAGUCACUCUCACAAUUCUGUAUUUUGGAAUGCUGCCAGAGAGAAGUUGGGCGCCAUUAUCCAUGAACAGCAGCAAAACUAUGAAGCUAAGGUGUAUUUAGCCAAGAUCCUUAAGAGGACGGAUAGCCAGCAAGCCAAAGCCCUCAUUGAAGAUGUUGUCCAGAAUAGCCUGGACCCUGAGGUCCUGAGAAAUGCAGCCAAGUUCUUUCUGCCAGAAUUCCCACAACAAGCAAUUGCUAUCCUACAGCGAGCAAUAUCGCUGAAUCCCACUUAUCAUCUCCUUCACUAUGACCUUGGCAUCUGCUACAAGAAACAACUGGAGGAGGCCAAAUCAGGCAGAAGAGAAGAAAUAUUGGCAGCAGCUAUUGAGGCCUUCAAAAAGGCUGUGCAGAAAGAUCCAACCUCUGUGUUUGCAAAGCUGGCUUUAGCUGAAAUGUAUGGGGAAAAUACACCUCACUACCAAGAAGAGAUUUAUCUCAAUCUCAUGAGUGAAAUGCCCAGCCUCAGCAAGAGGUGUCAGCAGGCGGUCUCCCUUCACUGGGGGGAUUUCCUCUUCUACAAGCAGAAGUCACUGUGGGAGGCAGCUAAGGCGUACAAAGCAGGUUUCGCCAUUCCAGACAACUACCUGGAGAGGCAACAAUUGAAAAAAAGGUUGAAAGAGAUGGCAGGAGAAUUCCAGCAGAGCUCCCAGACCACCGAGGCUGAGGCCAUACAUAAGUUCAUUCAACAGAAUGAAAGUCCAUGAGACACUAUAAAGUUCAUUGGUGGCAACAAAAAAGCAGGGAGACUGGAGAUGUGGAGAAAAUGGGGGAUCCUUUCCCUUCCCUGGACACACCAAGACCUCCUUCUGAAGCGAGUCACUUUUCCCACCUGUAUAACAAUGACAUUCAUAUUGCAAAUGAUUCUAGGUCCCCUGACUAGUUCAGACCACAGCACAUCCUGCCGCUGCUUCUUAUAAUUGUCCAUGAAUAUAGCAAAGAGGCUUGUGGCACCUUAUAGACUAACAGACGUUUUGGAGCAUGAACUUUCGUGGGUAUACCCACUUCGUUGGAUUCAUGCUCCAAAAACUCUUUGCUGCUUUUACAGAUCCAGACUAACACGGCUACCCCUCUGAUACUUGACUCCAUUAAUAUAGGUUUUGUGAAAUUUCAGUUCCCUGCAAAAGGCACAGGACAGGAAGCAAAAAAAAGAGUUGCCUGGGGAAGCCGGUGGGGCAGGAAGGAGGCUCUUUCUCAAGUGAGUGAGAAGGUUGCUGCCUACUGAGCUGUGACUUUAAGUACAGCAGCAGUCAGGAUCUCUCUCUCCCUAACAGCAGGGCCGAGCUGUCAGCCUGUGGCAGCUGCUGACACUAGUGAGUGCGUUGUUGUCGGGGUUUGUUGUUCUGAUGGGGAGCACACUCGCAGACACACCGAGCUAGGCUCCUACUUUCAGCCGUGACAGCGAAAAGGAGUUAGGGUGGGAAACUAGUGUAGCGCCCCUCUCCACCUGAUUACCUCCUUUAAUGGCAAUCCGCUUACAUGUUCUGAUGGACAGGUCUGGGUUUUUUUGGAUCCCGCCACCCACUCAGCAGGG